AUGCCGAAUGCAAAAACUUGGGUCGCACGUUUUGUGUAUAUUUAAUUUUACUUGGAACUUCACGCGGUCCGUACGCACGUCCAACGAAACGCGUUAUUGGUCUCCGCCGCAGUGCACGUUGAUCCGUGGUGUGUUGUUCGUGCCGAAGGAGCGACGCGAAUGCUUUAAGUCGUGCGGUCAAUUUAACCCGGGUGUCCGCGCCGUAUUCGCUUUUUAAAUUGCCCUUAAACGAAGUUUAUUUAAUAUAUAUAUUCGGCGGCGUGCCGUCCCAAUUCAGCCCAUCAUUCGCUUCAAUUGUAGACAAUCAACAGAAAUUAACGGGCUCAACCCCCUCCACCGCCACGCACUCACGCACAAACACACGGUUGUUGUCGGUGUCAAUUAAAAAUAAUUAUAUCUAAACAAAUUAUACACGCGGUCGCGACCGCAAAUCGAUAUCCGUUUUUGCGGAUUUUCUUUUUUACUUCAAUUUGCUUGAUAUUUUUUUUUUUUACCGCUUCUAUACACAAGUCGUGUAGACCAACCCCUUGACCGUCAUGGACGAGGCCGCGUUCGACGAGUCCAUGAUGUUCAACGAAUACCAUCAACACCACCAGAAGUCCGGUUCGCCACCCCAACACCAGCACGUCCAACCGCUGUUGGCUUUCCAACAGCCCGCCGACCUGAUGGGAUACGAAAUGUCCGCGCACGCCGACCACAUGCAAGACAUGCACGGCCACCACCAGCACCAUCAACUGCAAGACAUGGACAUGCACAGACAUCACCAUCUCCAGGAUCACCACCAGGUCCACCAGGACCGGCAGAUGCAGAUGGGCGAAGAUCUGUUCCAGUUGCCCGUCGGCGGACCAGUACAGUCGGCGGACGUGGCCAACGGCAACGGACCGAAACACAUCAAGUUGGAAAUGGACACAAACUUACCGGGGGGAGGCGUACAACCGUCGGGUUUGCCCGCCGAACAACCGGUGCCCAAAAAGUCCAAAUCCAAGAACACCGACAGCAACGGAACUAAAAAAAAAAAGACCAGGACCACAUUCACGUCACAUCAGCUGGAAGAAUUGGAACGAGCCUUCGAGAGGGCACCGUACCCGGACGUGUUUGCCAGGGAAGAGUUGGCGUUGAAUUUAAAACUUAGCGAGUCCCGUGUACAAGUAUGGUUUCAAAACAGAAGAGCCAAAUGGAGGAAGAGGGAGCCGCCAAGGAAAACCGUUUAUCUGACCAAUUCGGUGUUCCCGUCUGGAUCGCCGGGUUCUUCGGUAAGCUCGACUUCGUUCACCACUCUGACCACUUUUGGCGGCAACGUAUCUCCGUCGCUGGGCACGUGUUCGCCGGUCACGUUGAGCGGAUCGGAACCGUGGGGCUACGGGGGUGGUUACGGCGACCUGACGCACCUGAACCUGCUCAACAACAACUCCGUGCCGUUCCCGCCGAACGCGUUCCACAACGGCAACGGAUUCGGCGGCGGUCCGUACGCGCCGCAGCCACAAGACAGCCCGGGCCUGCAAUUUCCGGUUGGCAUGCAGUGUCUCGGCCGGUCGGACCUGAUGGGAUCGCUGCAAGAUCAUCAGUCGUCGCCAGACCGCGAUUACCCGGGCGGACACCAUCAGCUCAACAAGCAUGUGGUCGACACCUACGUCAUGAACCAGGACAUAGCCGGUUUACUGCAGCAGGACGCGGUCGAGUGCGGCGACAUGGUCGGUGCCAUGGGCUACGAGAUCGAACAUCAACAACAACAGCCGCAACAACAACAACAGCCACAAACAAGGAGUCAAGACGAUUCUCAGGAGUGUCGGGAGGAAGAGUCCGGAGUGAUCAAAGUUGAGCCGCCCUUUACGCCACUGCCGCCUUUCAUCAACUGACACAGGCGAUUUCAGUUUGACACUUACGAGUAUCAGACUGAAUUCGAUUAACACUUUAUAGCGUGUCUUUUGUGUUAAUACAACGAGCGAUUUAAUUAGCGCUAUAAAAUUUAUCUAUUUUUCUUUGA